UUGCGCAUCGAAGAUGCGUUUUACAUUAGCAUUACGUUAUUCUUUUUUGUUGGUUUAUAUUGAGUUGUAUGUGUAUGGUCAUAGGAUUCCGUCUUGCGCCUACGUAUCUGUUUUACCAAAUGGGCAUCAACGUUUAGUUUUCCCUUUAGAAUUGAAAGCCACUGACAGAAGUAACCCAUCACGGGUAUUACUUCAUAAGAAUGGUAGAAGGCACGUCAAUUCUUUGAGGUGUGCCAGUACAAAUGAUGAGCCAUUUGCCGGAAGCAUGGAGUUACUCGACAACAGUGAUUUGUGGUCCGAUAGUGCUUUGGACUUAAGUUUUCAGGACAUGGCAGCUCGUGAAGUUGAUCUUCACAGUUAUCAAUAUCAAUCAGGUAAUACUUUCCGUCGUAUAGGUGCUGUUGCAGCAUCCGUAUUAAUUGUUGGUGUUGGUUACGGAACGUUGUCACUAAUUCGCGCGUACUUUAACCAACAACAAGCAAAGUUGCGUGCUGAGCGUUACAGUUCGUCUGGUGUUGGACAGGAUCUUAAGGAUCGUGCUGACACUUCAUGAAAUCAUGCAUGACCUGAACACAU